AUCUCGGGCCGCACCGCCGGGGUCCUUGCUGGAGGUUCGGCGCCACAUCUUUUAGUUGGAGCAGAUGUGAAGCAAAACUAGAUAAAUGCUGUGAAGUACUUGCUCUUCUCAAGUCAUUACCGGAUUGUAAACGCACAGAUUUGCAACAAUGAACCUGGAACUGCUCGAGUCAUUUGGGCAAAACUACCCAGAGGAGGCGGAUGGCACUCUGGACUGUAUCAGCAUGGCGCUCACGUGCACCUUCAACCGCUGGGGAACCCUGCUGGCUGUUGGCUGCAACGAUGGCCGCAUUGUCAUCUGGGACUUCCUCACAAGAGGAAUUGCCAAAAUUAUCAGUGCACACAUCCAUCCUGUCUGCUCUUUGUGUUGGAGUCGGGACGGACACAAACUAGUGAGCGCCUCCACGGACAACAUUGUGUCACAGUGGGACGUUUUGACAGGAGACUGUGACCAGAGGUUUCGUUUUCCUUCACCCAUCCUGAAACUGCAGUGCCACCCCAGAGACAUGGACAAAGUGCUGGUGUGUCCAAUGAAGUCGGCACCAGUCCUGCUGACGCUGUCUGACUCCAAACACGUCGUCCUGCCUGUGGACGAUGACUCAGACCUGAAUGUGGUGGCAGCUUUUGACAGACGAGGAGAGUACAUUUACACUGGCAAUGCUAAAGGAAAGAUUCUGGUGCUAAGCACAGACACACAGGAGCUGGUGGCUUCAUUCAGAGUGACAACAGGGACCAGCAACACAACCGCCAUCAAAUCCAUUGAGUUUGCCCGGAAGGGCAGUUGCUUCCUCAUAAACACAGCAGAUCGGAUCAUUCGAGUGUAUGAUGGCAGAGAAAUCCUGACCUGUGGAAGGGAUGGUGAGCCAGAACCCAUGCAGAAACUGCAGGACCUGGUAAACAGGACUCCAUGGAAGCGCUGCUGUUUCUCUGGAGAUGGGGAGUACAUUGUGGCUGGUUCAGCCAGGCAGCACGCUCUCUACAUUUGGGAGAAGAGCAUCGGCAAUCUGGUGAAGAUUCUGCAUGGAACCAGAGGAGAGCUGUUGUUGGACGUCGCUUGGCAUCCGGUCCGACCGAUUAUCGCCUCCAUCUCCAGUGGAGUCGUGUCCAUCUGGGCACAGAACCAAGUGGAAAACUGGAGCGCCUUCGCCCCAGACUUUAAAGAGCUGGAUGAGAAUGUGGAGUACGAAGAGCGGGAAUCCGAGUUUGAUAUUGAAGAUGAAGACAAAAGUGAACCGGAGCAGACGGGUGCAGACGCAGCAGAGGAUGAAGAGGUGGAUGUGACCACUGUGGAUCCCAUUGUUGCAUUUUGUAGCAGUGAUGAAGAGAUGGAGGACUGCAAGGCCCUGCUGUAUCUGCCCAUUGCCCCUGAGGUGGAGGAUCCAGAGGAAAACCCUUUUGGUCCCCCCCCAGAUGCUUCGGUCCAGGCGGCAACUCCGGAGGAUCCUUUGGCUGGCAGCGACAAGAAGCAACGGCAACUUUCCUCAGAGGGAGGUCCCACCAAAAAGAAGGCUCGCACUACUGUGAUUGAACUGCAGGGGGUGCCGAGUGAUGAGGUGCACCCCCUGCUGGGAGUGAAGGGGGAUGGCAAGUCAAAGAAGAAGACAGCCGGUCGGCCCAAAGGCUCCAAAGGUAAAGACAAAGACUUCCCCUUCAGGCCCAAGCCCUACAAGGGUGAACGGCCCUCCUUUCCUGUGGGGGCCGAAGCCCUGGGCACCUCUGCCCCAGGAGGAGGAUUGGGUGGAGGAGGAGGGAUGAAGUGCAGGGCAGAGGGGGGACUAGCCACAGGGACUCUGGUAUCUCAGCCGUACAAACAGCAUGACGUUGGGGGGAUGGACUGACCCUCCUGGGACCUGAACUUGCUCUGGAGCUCAGAAGGACUCUUGUUGGCUAUAGACUGUGGAGGAGCAGCAUCACAUGGAACCUUCUUCGUUCAGUGACACAAACCAGGAGUCAUGGAAGUGGAGGUCCCACUUUUACUCCCCUGUGUGGGGACUUGUGUGUGUGUGUGUGUGUGUGUGCGUGCGCGCGUGCGUGUGUGUAUUGUUUUAUACGUAUUAAAACAUUGUGAUUUGUACAUUUGAA